AUGGCGGAGGAGUUCACGAGGCUGACGCCCGCGCCGGAGGCGACGAUAGACAAAUCGAAGUUCGACACUCGCAUCACGCUCACGGCGCUGCGCGUGCCCAAGACGCGAUGUCACGCGCUCAUGAAGCACCUGAAAGACUUCGUCCUCGACAUGCCGCGGCAGCGCUCCGUGGUGAACGACCCGACGGACGAGGCGAACUCGCGCCUGUUGCUGCUCAAAGAAGAGGUCAAGGACGCGUCGUUCCCGUCGAUAUCGCCCGAACUCAGAGCAGAGCUCGCGCUCGACGACCUCCCGUUGACGACGCACGAGCUCAGGUUGGGGUACGAUUACUACAACGCCGAGCACGUCCUGCGCGCGCUGCUUCCCGACGGCGUCGAGGUCCCCGGGUCGUUCGAGACCGUCGGACACAUCGCGCAUCUGAACCUGAGGGACGACGUGAUGCAGUACAAGCACGUCAUCGGGAGGGUGCUCCUGGACAAGAACCCGAGGCUGAGGACGAUCGUGAACAAAGUCGGCGCGAUCGAGUCCGAGUUUAGGGUCCCGACCUGGGAGCUCCUCGCCGGGUCGCCGUCGUUGGUCACGGAGGUCAAGCAGCACGGCGUCCCGUUCAAGCUCGACUUCGGAGAGGUGUACUGGAACAGCCGUCUGGAGGCGGAGCACAAGCGGAUGGUGGAGAGCAUCAGACCGGGGGAGAUUUUAUGCGACGCGAUGGCGGGCGUGGGGCCGUUCGCCGUGCCCGCGGGGAGGGCGGGGAUCAGGACGUACGCGAACGAUCUGAACCCGAAGUGUUACGAGUACAUGAAGAUAAACGCACGCGCGGCGAAGGUGAAGGGGCGCGUGAAGUGUUAUAACAUGUGCGCGCGGGCGUUCAUUCGCGCGCUGCUGAAAUGGGCGGCGACCGGGGACGACGACGACGACGGCGACCCGCCCGCCGGGGCGGUGUUCGACCACGUCACGAUGAACCUCCCCGCGAGCGCGAUCGAGUUUUUGGACGUCUUCAAGGGCGCGUUCGAUAGACGCGUUUGGGGCGAACGAAACCUGCCUCGGGUGCACGUGUACACGUUUAAGCGCGCGGACGAGACGCACGCGGACGUCGUGAAACGCGGCGAGGGGUACUUAGGAGGACCGAUCAAAGACGCGAGCGUGCACGAGGUGCGGGACGUCGCUCCGAAUAAGAUCAUGCUGUGUCUGUCGUUCACGCUGAUGGAGGACGUCGCGUUCGCGGCGGAUGACGAGAGUCCCGAUUCGAAACGCGCGAAGGUGGCGUAG